UCUGAGAGGAGCGGAAGUGGCUGCGGGUCCGGCAUUGAGAGAGAGAGAGAGAGCGAGAGUGAGGCGGUCGUCUGUCCUGUCCUGAGCUGCCCGAACCGACGGAGCCAUGGUUUCUGUAAUUAAUACCGUGGAUACGUCCCAUGAGGAUAUGAUUCAUGAUGCACAGAUGGAUUACUAUGGCACCCGUCUCGCAACCUGCUCCUCCGACCGAUCUGUGAAGAUAUUUGAUGUUAAAAAUGGAGGCCAGAUCCUUAUUGCGGACCUGAGGGGCCAUGAAGGUCCAGUCUGGCAGGUGGCAUGGGCUCACCCAAUGUAUGGCAACAUCUUGGCAUCCUGUUCCUACGACCGGAAGAUCAUCAUCUGGAAGGAGGAGAAUGGAACUUGGGACAAGAUGUAUGAAUACACAGGACAUGAUUCUUCUGUCAACUCGUUGUGCUGGGCACCUCACGAAUUUGGAUUAAUCCUGGUCUGUGGUAGCUCUGAUGGUGCAAUCUCGGUGCUUUCAUAUUCCGGUGACGGUCAGUGGGAAAUGAAGAAAAUCAGCAACGCACACACGAUCGGUUGUAAUGCUGUCAGUUGGGCUCCAGCAGUUGUACCUGGCAGUCUUGUGGACCAGCCUUCAGGGCAGAAGCCAAACUAUGUCAAGCGAUUUGUGUCGGGAGGCUGUGACAAUCUGGUCAAGAUAUGGAAAGAAGAGGACGGUCAGUGGAAAGAGGAUCAAAAGCUUGAAGCCCACAGCGACUGGGUUCGGGAUGUUGCCUGGGCUCCAUCGAUUGGACUUCCCACAAGCACCAUUGCCAGCUGCUCCCAGGAUGGCCGAGUGUUUAUCUGGAUUUGUGAGGACCCUACUGGGAAUACAUGGACACACAAACUCUUGCACAAAUUCAAUGAUGUAGUGUGGCACGUCAGCUGGUCCAUCACUGGGAACAUCUUGGCCGUUUCCGGAGGUGACAACAAGGUCAGUCUAUGGAAGGAGUCCGUUGAAGGCCAAUGGGUUUGCAUCAGUGACGUGAACAAAGGCCAGGGAUCAGUGUCGGGUAUCACAGAGGGCCAACAGAAUGAGCAGUGAAUGGUAAAGGAGCAUCACAGGAAUGUUGUCUUGAAUUGUAUAUUUGGCAAAAUAAAAUGGAUUGCAAGAAA